AUGUUUUUUAACUACAGGCCAAGGUUUGAGAACAGUGAUUUCCUGGGACAGUUACGAGCUGAAAGAAGAGUUGCGAACGAAAUAGGUCUAGACCUUCGUGCCAAAUUCCUCAAAAAUGUGGAAACGCUGUUACAGUCAUUUCACCAAAGCGGCACAUGUGAUACACGCGAUCUUAAGCCCACUAAUGGCGAUGCAAUUGAAGUUAUUAGAAUGAAAAUGAAGAGCGAGGCACAGAAAGUGCUCCGUGUACUCGAUGGUCGGGUUGAAGAUGAUUUCUCAGAGUCAGAAUUCGAAAAGCCACAUGAUGAAGAGUUAGAAGACACAAGCGCCAGAUGCCACGUGGGUUCAGACUCACCAAAACAGCCUGGCUCGAAAAAGACGUAUCGAUACAAAUGUCCAGUAAGUAAUACUGUUUGUUAUCAGCAUAAUACAGAUUAAUGUCGUCUCCGUAAGUUAAAUCCAAAAAAUUAAUAAAUAAGUCAUCAAAAAGCAAUCAUAUAUACAGUCGGGUUACCAUGGUGAUAUUUAAAGCUGCAUCACUUCUGUUGACUUAUAGUUCAUAUCAAAGUUUGAUUUUCUAGUGACAUAAUUUAUGACUCGGUAUAUUAUUUUGAUUGCCAUGCAAAGGGAAUUGUUUGUUAUUUUAGUGAUUCAUGGAUGUGGAGCUCAGCAUGUAGGUCCUGUAAAAAUAUUUUGUAUUUUCCAUAACUUUAUUGUGUGUUUUAUUCAUUUUACAGAUUUGUAACGAAAACUACACACACAUUGCGAACCAUUUGAAGUUUUUUCACAAACUCAAAAGGAAGAUGUCUCAAAAAUAA